GAAGCUCAUCCCGCGCAAAUGGCCAACUUCCGAGUUCCGAGGCGAUUCCAGUUUCAUGGCCGCUCUCCGCAGUGAUCCAUGGAUGGAUUCAAUGCCCUGCCCUUAAAAUGGCCACUCCUCCAUUCGAUUCCUCCUAGACAAUACUCUCCUCGUUCACUCCGCUGCUUCUUCCACCGUCCAGAACUCCAGGUAUGGCGAUGCUACCCAGGCUGCCGGAGGGCGCGACGGCGCUGGAGAUCCCCUCCGACCGCCCGGCCUUCUACAACUCCUUCAAGGCCUUCGGUGUCCCAGCGGCCGCCACCGCCGCCCGCCUGGCGAUACCGCUCUCGGAGCUGCAGACUUCCUUUCCCGAGACGAUGUGCUUGAAGACCUUAGGUGUCCGAGCGCCGUCGACGGCCGUCGCCGUCCAAGUCCGCGUCCUCACCCCGCCGUUCGACAGGCGCACGUCGUCCCGCCCGCAAUCCAUCUCCGUCUACAUGCCCACUCCCACUCCCGAGGGUGUGUACUUCGCCAAGUGCUUCGCCUACGCCUACAUCACCCCGGCCACGGCACCGUGCCGCGCCGACCCGGGCGCGUUCAUCCGCCUCGUCUUCCGCACCCUCGCCCUCGACCUGCCGCAGACGUUCGAGCUCUUCCCGGCAGGCCACGGCGCCGACGCCACGAUGCGCUUCCGCACGCCCGACGACCGCGAGGCGGCCAUGCGCCGGCAGCCGUUCGAGCUCGACGGCGCCACCGUCAUGCUCGUGCGCGAGGGGGAGACCAGCAACGUCAAGCGUGUCUCCUACGACUACAUGGCCCACGUCGCGCUGCGCAGGUACCCCGUCGAGCAGCGCACGGAGGAGCACAUCGCCACGAACUGCAACCAAUUCGGGUUCCUGCGCGAGGUCCACCCGGCCUGCUUCGCGGCGCCGGACCUCGCCACCGUCCACGUCGUCCUCCAGCUCGAGCACCCACGGGAGAUCCCGCACCAGGUCCGCAUCGGCUACUUUGAUGGCACCAAAAACGUCGUCCCCGUCGAGGUCGUGGCGGUCUGGGACCGCGCUCACUCCUACGACGCCGAUGGUCAGUACGUGCGUCUCUUCCAAGCCCCGGCUGCGGCAGCUUGACUGUUAUGCUGCAUGGGGAUGUCGCUAGCCGCAACUAGCAAGUAGUACUGGUAUUAGUAAUCUUAAGUUGUUCAUCAGAGCCGUAGCCGGCUUAGUUCUCGUGUGUGUUGAAGCCUAGAUCAUUCUAUGAUGUCAAUGGGGUACGAGAGGCAAGGUGAUGCUCGCUUUAGUGUUACUUGUUUGGGGUUAAUGGUGGAAGGGACCUAAAAUUGUAGCGCUGCAUCUUUGUAAUGGAAUGGAUGUGUUUAUGAA